AUGAUCACAUCUUGCGUACUUCUUGUUGAUGUUUCACCUUUAUCGAAGAUUGACACUACAGCCAAUCCAUGUGAGGAUUUCUACAAAUACACUUGUGGAAAAUUAGAAGGAGAUAUGAGCUUCAGCAACUCUGAGUAUGAGAAUAGAAAGAAUAUGAUCGAACAAUUGCAUAAUAAGGACUACAUAGAUAGGGCGCCAAUUCCUGUCAAAAUGAUGGCGAACUACUACGAGAAAUGCGUGUCUGCUAGACUGAAAUGGGAUGAUUUAACAAGAGAUGCUCAAAUACCAAUGAAGGCUAUCAAUCGCCUAGCAGAAGGAAAUCCAAGUCAUAAGGACGAGACCCAAUUCCGUUUCUAUAUGCUCUAUCAAGACGCACAGGAAAGCAGGUUUCCGUCACCUAACGGACUUGCAUUCUUAUUAGGAAACCCUAUUGGUAUGGACAGCGUGAGCAGUAUUGUACCGGCGUAUAUCGACACAAACUGGAAAGAUCCUCAUGACAAGGAUGGAAACGCAUUGUUCAUUGACCAGCCUAGUACCAUUAUACCUUACAAAUAUCAUGUGAAAGCGUGGAACUCAGCCAAACAAAGGUAACA